UUCAUCAUGCAACCGGCCCUCCCCACCAAGAUGCGUGCGCUCUUCCUCCUGAAGAGAGUUACGGCGUACAACCAAGAAGACCUCGAAUCGUGUUUUGAAGUCCGUGAGGUGGACGUGCCAACUCCAAAGUACGGAGAAGUUCUGGUCAAGGUCGAGUGCAGUCCCAUCAACCCGUCGAACCUGAGCAUGCUCCAAGGCACGUACAACUCGGCCAAGCAAGCACCAUUGCCGUCGUUGACUGGCACAGAAGGCAGCGGUGUCGUAGUCGCUGCUGGCGGCGGCUUUAUGGCGUGGUACAUGGUUGGCAAACGUGUUGGUAUCGUCAAGUCGGACCAAGGGUUGUGGGCGGAAUACGUGACUGUGCCAGCCAUGACGUGCAUUACUCUUCCCAACGAAGUGUCGUUCGAAAGCGGAUCGUCUUGCUUUGUCAACCCAUUGACCGUUGUGGCGUUUGUGGAAUUGGCAAUUGCUCGUGGCACCAAAACCAUCGUCCACACAGCGGGCGCAUCGGCGUUGGGUAAAAUGCUGAUCAAGCAUGGGAAAGAGUAUGGUAUUGAUGUGAUUGCGGUCGUGCGUCGCCAGGAACAAGCACAAGUGCUCCAAUCCAUCGGGGCCAAGUACAUUGUCGACACGUCCAAUUCUGAAUGGAAAACCCAACUCAAGACGUUGACCCAAACUCUUGGUUCGACAUUGGCAUUUGACGCCGUAGCGGGAUCACUUACGGGGGAUAUCCUGACCUGUAUGCCUAAAGGGUCCGAGGUCCAGGUGUACGGCGGACUGUCGAACGAACCGUCAAGCGGCGUGAGCCCCGCCGACCUGAUCUUCCAGGACAAAAGCGUGACUGGAUUUUGGCUGGUCAAGUACCUCGCCAAGCGCGGGAUGCUCGGUAAGCUCUUCAUGAUCCAGAAGGUCACGAGCGGGCUCAACUCGACAUUCCAAACCACGAUUAGCAAAACGUAUGGGUUGGAAAACGCCAUCCAAGCGUUCCGCGACUACACGGGCAACAUGAGCGACAACAAGGUUGCGUUCAAGCCUACUCAAAUCGUGUAAUUUAGCAAGUUUACAUAUCUAACUAUUGAGUUGGAUGUCGCUCCGAA